AUGGUGUUCACACGACGACCAUUCACUCUCCUCUGCUUCGUCUUCUCAAUCUUCCUCUCCGUUUCCGAAUCGAAACUCUUAGAACCUCACGCCGCUGAAUCUUUCAAUGUCAGCCUCAUCCAGAAAUUGGGGACUAGUUGUUCUUACUCGGUGAUUAUAUCGACGAGCUGUUCGUCAUCGAGGUACACGCGUGACCAGAUCAGCAUAGCUUUCGGCGAUGGAUACGGAAACCAGAUAUAUGCGCCAAGGCUUGAUGAUCCAUCUACAAAGACGUUUGAGCAAUGUUCAUCAGAUACAUUUGAGAUAAACGGACCAUGUACAUACCAAAUAUGCUAUGUGUAUCUCUACAGGUCUGGUCCUGAUGGUUGGAUCCCAGAUAGUGUGAAGAUAUAUAGCCAUGGUUCCAAAGCGGUCACUUUCCCGUAUAACACGCAUGUCCCUGAAAGUGUAUGGUAUGGUUUCAAUUACUGCAACAGCGCCUCGGAUUCUAAAGUCUUGGCUAUUGGUCUCAGAAGGAUCAUGCUCAUACUCGUAGGGUUCUUUGUCGCCGGCUCGACAUUGCUCUUGUAA